AUGGCACGCAAGAAGGUGAACCUCCAGUGGAUCUCCAACAACUCCACCCGGCGUGUGACGCACAAGAAACGCUGCCAGAGCUUGAUGAAGAAGACGAGCGAGCUCACCACGCUCUGCGGUGUCAAGGCGUGCGUGGUGGCGUACGGGGAGGGCCAGGCCCAGCCGGAGGUGUGGCCCUCUCCAUCGGAGGCCAGGCGUGUCCUGAAGAAGUUCAAGGCCAUGCCGGAGAUCGGCAGGUUCAAAAAGAUGCAGAGCCAGGAGGAUUUCCUCCAGGGCCGCAUCUCCAAGCUCCGUGACCAGGUAUGCAAGCUGGAUCUCGAGAACCAGGAGCACGAGACCUCACGGCUCCUCCAUGAGAGCAUGGAUGGGCGCCGUCCUGGCCUCGCCGGCACCGACAUCGAGGAGCUUACCAACCUCAGGCAGAUGGUGGAGACGAAGAUGGCCAGAGUCAAAGAACUACUCCAAGAACAGGUCGUUAGGCAUGGAGAUUUCCCAAAGCAUCCAGGCUCAUCGUCCUCAUCCCACCAGCUACAAGCUUCCUACACCGAGAUGAUGCAGCAGGGCUGGCCCAUCAACUUGGCCCCAGCCCAAGGGGAGGAGCUUGGUGACGUGGUUUGCAAUGCCUUUGCUAGUACCAGCAAAGAUUGUGCUGGGCCCAGUGGCAACGGAGGUGACAUGACCCAGCCUUACAAUCCGGGUUGUUGCUCAGGUUUCCCAUGGGGACAGGAUAUUUUUUCUCCCAUGGAGUGA